AUGCUUUCGUUGCGUUCUUCUGGUCUUUUUAAGACUUCUGUUGCCGCCCAAUCAAAGCGUCUUUUCCAUUCCUCUUUGAAGGCCAACUCUGUCAUCACCAACGGUACCAGUGCCAACGGUAAAGAAAAUGCUGCUUUAUCCAUGAGAGAAAAAUACCACAUCAUCGACCACGAAUAUGACUGUGUGGUUGUUGGUGCCGGUGGUGCCGGUUUGAGAGCCGCUUUUGGUUUGGCUGUCGAAGGGUUCAAGACCGCUUGUAUCUCCAAGCUUUUCCCAACCAGAUCCCACACCGUCGCUGCUCAAGGUGGUAUCAAUGCUGCCCUUGGUAACAUGCACCCUGAUGACUGGCAUUGGCACAUGUACGAUACCGUCAAAGGUUCCGAUUGGUUAGGUGACCAAGACGCUAUCCACUACAUGACCAGAGAAGCCCCAGCCUCUAUCUAUGAAUUGGAACAUUUCGGGGUCCCAUUCUCCAGAACUGAAGAAGGUAGAAUUUAUCAAAGAGCCUUUGGUGGGCAAGCCAGAAACUACGGUCAUGAUGGUCAAGCUUACAGAACCUGUGCCGUUGCCGACAGAACCGGUCACGCCCUUUUGCACUCUUUGUACGGUCAGUCCCUUAGACACGACACCCAUUUCUUCAUCGAAUACUUUGCCAUGGAUUUGAUCAUGGAAAACGGUGAAUGUGUCGGUGUCAUGGCUUACAACCAAGAAGAUGGUACUUUGCACAGAUUCAGAGCUCACAAGACCGUGUUGGCCACUGGUGGGUACGGAAGAGCUUACUUCAGUUGUACUUCUGCUCACACUUGUACCGGUGAUGGUUUCGCUAUGGUUUCUAGAGCUGGCUUGCCAUUGCAAGAUUUGGAAUUCAUUCAAUUCCAUCCUUCCGGUAUUUACGGUUCCGGUUGUCUUAUCACCGAAGGUGCCAGAGGUGAAGGUGGUUUCUUGAUCAACUCUGAAGGUGAAAGAUUCAUGGAAAGAUACGCUCCAACCGCCAAGGAUUUGGCCUCCAGAGAUGUCGUCUCCAGAGCCAUCACCAUGGAAAUUAGAGCCGGUAGAGGUGUUGGUCCAGAAAAGGACCACAUGUUGUUGCAAUUGUCUCACUUGCCAGCUUCAGUUCUUAAAGAACGUUUGCCAGGUAUUUCUGAAACUGCUUCUAUUUUCGCUGGUGUCGAUGUCACUAAGGAACCAAUUCCAAUUUUGCCAACUGUUCAUUACAAUAUGGGUGGUAUCCCAACUAAGUGGACCGGUGAAGUUUUGACCAUCGAUGAAGAAGGUAAGGACAAGGUUGUUCCAGGUCUUAUGGCUUGUGGUGAAGCCGCUUGUGUUUCCGUCCACGGUGCUAACAGAUUGGGUGCUAACUCUUUGUUGGAUUUAGUUGUCUUUGGUAGAGCUGUCUCCCAUACUGUUAGAGACUCCUUGACCCCAGGUAAACCACACAAGCCUUUGGAUGCCGAACUCGGCAAACACUCUAUUGAAAGAUUGGACAAGAUUAGAAACGCUAGUGGUCCAAAACCAACUUCUGAAAUCAGAUUGGCCAUGCAAAAGACUAUGCAAAGGGAUGUUUCUGUGUUUAGAACCCAAGAAACUUUGGACGAAGGUGUCAAGGGUAUUACUGCUAUCGACAAGACUUUCAAGGAUGUCGGUACUACCGACAGAUCUAUGAUCUGGAACUCUGACUUGGUGGAAACUCUUGAACUUGAAAACUUGUUGACUUGUGCCACUCAAACCGCCAACUCUGCCGCCGCUAGAAAAGAAUCUCGUGGUGCCCAUGCUAGAGAAGAUUUCCCAGAAAGAGAUGAUGUCAACUGGAUGAAGCACUCCUUGUCAUGGCAAAAGAAUACUGGUGAUCCAGUCAAAUUGGCUUACAGAAAUGUCAUUUCUAAGACCUUGGACGAAAAUGAAUGUAAGACCGUUCCUCCUGGUAAGAGAGUUUACUAA